AAGCAAUUGGGGUGGAUUACAGCCUUCCAACUACAACUGUUUAUAAAAAUCACGGAUAAAACUUGCAACAAUGCUUUACAAACUCACCGCCGUUAUCCUCACAUCGGGUCUCGUGUCGUCCGCCUCGGCCGCAUUAAACUUCUACUGCCCAAAUGUCAAUGCGACAGGUUUCUAUCCAGCAUGCUGUAUAGGCAUCACCGGCCAGGUCGGAGUGGACUGUAUCACUCCCCACAUCAUCGGCGGUUUGCCCAACUUUGAGUGCAACAUCGGGCCGCCGUAUAACAACCGAGGGUGCUGUCAAUCAAUCAACUACACCAACCCGAACACCGGAUACAGGCUGAGCUUGUGCACUGGUGUCACGCCCUACCCUUAGUGGACUGUGGUUGGUGAUGUCGGUUGCACUUGAAGAGAGAAAGGGGGGAUGCACGCAGUAACAGUUGCUUGCGCCAAAGGUUUCAGGCAUCCAGACUAGACCAUGAACUCUGAUGUGUUGGGGUGUAAUAUAUGAGAUGUAUUGGAGGAAAUACAUAUUAGCUUCAUGACGAUUAAUGAUUACUAUUCAGAAGAGUGGUGCAAGAUGCACAGUCUUUGCACUUGCACUAAUGUACC